UGAGCAAAGAAAUCAUCCCAAUUUAGCCAAAACCCAAAAAUGUCGAAAAAAAUCUCAAAAUCCCUCAAAGACUGUCUCACCAAAAUCAAAACCUCCCAACGUUCCAUGGUUCAAUUAUCCUCUAAGAAAUGGGUUCCCAAAGGUUGCAAGCAUCCUAGGACUCCUUCGAUCGACAUGGACAAAAACAAAAACAUCAUCAGCAAAAACACCACCAACGCUAAGGACGACGAAGCCAUGUUAGCAGACAUUGAUCGCUUUCUCAUUGAGAAUUUCAAGAACCUGUUCCUCGAUGACCAUCGUGAAGAAACCACCACCAAAGAACAAAAAUCUCCCAAACUUGACUCUAUCAGAUUUGACUCUUCUGCAAGGUUCGAUGAGUCGCCACUGAACCUCUUCACAGACACAACAACCGAAGCGGGACUAUCCAGUUUGACCAUGUCCGAGCCUGAGGGCGUGGAAGAACAAACCACCGUUCCGAGUAAUUGCGUGGUGGUCUUGGCCAACUCCGGCAGACCCACGGAGGAUUUCCGUCGGUCCAUGGAGGGUAUGGUUGAAGCAAGAUUGAAGAAAAGUGAAAAGGUGGAUUGGGACUUCAUGCAAGAGCUUUUGUUCUGCCACAUGAAUCUGAACCAAAAGAAGUGGCACAAGUUCAUUCUCAACGCGUUUGUGGACGUCGCCACCACCCUACGCCAGUCACCGGAGAUUUCUCCGACGAAGAGCCAGCCAGCGCAGAGCGUUCGGACUGUUAGAAUCGGUAGAGAAGUAAGAAAAAAAACAAAGGAAGCAAUCACCUUGGAAUUUGGGUCACCCUAAAUUACUUGUAUUAAGAGGUUGACUUUCAAUAAGAAAACAUGGAAAUAACUUUGGUUUUUCUGAAUUAUUAAUGUGAAAUGUAGAAAUUGUUAA